AGUAGGAGGGAAGAACCCUGUCAGGGCACUCACAGGAGGCAUAGAAAGAAAGUUUCUGCUAUUUAUAGAUUCUUGAGCCCACAAACUACCUCCAUCGCUUUCUGUCUGGAAGACAAAUUCAGAGAGGGAGCCCAGAAGCAACAGUUCAAGACAGGCUUUUCUGUGAUAGAGUGGCUAGAAGCGGCCUGCAGCCAUGGGACAGGCCCUAAGCAUCAAGAGCUGCGAUUUGCAGGCAGCAAGAAACAAUGAGGAACACCACACCAAGGCCCUCAGCUCCAAGCGCCUCUUUUUGAGGAGGGGGCAGUCUUUCACCAUCGUCCUGCACUUCCAUGUUCCAGUCCACAAGUUUCUGCUGGCCUUGAAGAAAGUGGCCCUCAUUGCACAAACUGGAGAGCAGCCAUCCACGACCAACAGAACCCAAGCCAUAUUCCCGAUUUCCAGUCUGGGGGACCGAAAAGGGUGGAGUGCCGUCGUGGAGGAGAGAGAUGUCCAGUCCUGGACCAUCUCUGUGACCACGCCCGUGGACGCCAUCAUUGGCCACUACUCCCUCUUGCUGCAGGUCUUGGGCAAGAAGCAACGUCUCUUGGGCCAGUUCACACUGCUCUUUAACCCCUGGGAAAGAGGUGAUGCUGUAUUCCUGGGGAACGAGGCUCAGUGCGGGGAGUACCUGCUGACCCAGAAUGGCCUCAUCUAUGUAGGCACAGCUGACUGCAUUCAGGCAGAGUCCUGGGACUUUGGUCAGUUUGAGAGGGAUGUCGUGGACCUCAGUCUGCGCCUGCUGAGCCUAGACAAGCAGGUGGAGAAGUGGAGCCAGCCCGCACAUGUGGCCCGAGUGUUGGGCGCCUUGCUGCACGCUCUCAAGGAGAAGAACGUCCUGUCUGCCCCACAGACACAGGCCACCCAGGAAGGGGCCUUGCUGAACAAGCGCCGGGGCAGCGCACCCAUCCUUCGGCAGUGGCUCACUGGCCAUGGGCGGCCCGUGUAUGAUAGUCAGGCCUGGGUGUUGGCUGCUGUUGCUUGCACAGUCCUGCGAUGCCUGGGCAUCCCUGCGCGGGUCGUCACCACAUUCACCUCGGCCCAAGGAACUGGUGGGGACUUGCUUGUAGAUGAGUACUACAAUGAGGAGGGGCUUCAGAAUGGAGAAGGUCAGAGAGGCAGAAUCUGGAUCUUCCAGACUUCCACAGAGUGCUGGAUGAGGCGGCCUGCUUUGCCCCAGGGUUAUGAUGGAUGGCAGAUUCUAUACCCAAGAGCACCCAAUGGAGGUAGAGUCCUGGAGUCCUGUGACCUGGUCCCGGUCAGAGCAGUCAAAGAGGGAAGACUGGGGCUGACGCCCGCAGUGUUGGACAUUUUUGCCGCAGUAAAUGCCUCAUGUGUGGUCUGGAAGUGCUGUGAGGAUGGGACGCUGGAGCUCACUGACUCCAACACAAAGUAUGUUGGUAACAACAUCAGCACCAAGGGUGUGGGCAGUGACCGCUGUGAGGACAUCACUCAGAACUACAAGUAUCCUGAAGGAUCUCAUCAAGAAAAAGAGGUGCUGGAGAGGGUCUGGAAAGAGAGAAUGGAACAUGGAAAAGACAAUGGCAUUCAUCCUCCCAGUCUUGAGAUGGCUGAUCCUCUGUACCUGUUCUUGGAAGCACCCAGCUCUCUACCCCUGAGAGGAGAUGCCCAGCUCUCAGUGACCCUGGUUAACCCCAGCAACCAGGAGAAGGCAGUCCAGCUGGCAAUUGGGGUCCAAGCUGUGUCCUACGAUGGCGUCCUUGCUGCUGAACUCUGGAGGGAGAAGUUGCCUCUCACACUCAGUGCCAACCUCGUUAAGAGAAUAACCACCAGCCUGUCCUUCUCCUGUUUUGAGCAAAACCCACCAGAGAACAGCUUUCUCAGACUCACCGCCAUGGCAGUGCACACCGAGUCCAGGCUCAGCUGCUUCGCUCAGGAAGACAUUGCCAUCUGUAGACCACACCUUGCCAUUGAGAUGCCAGAGAAAGCAGUGCAGUAUCAACCUCUUACGGCCUCCGUGAGCAUCCGUAACUCCCUAGAUGCCCCCCUGAAGGACUGUGUGAUCUCUAUCCGAGGAAGGGGGCUGAUCUACAGAGAGAGAACUUACAGAUUAAGUUCAGUGCGACCUGGAGACACCUUGUAUACUCAGUUCCAGGUCAUACCCACACACACAGGGCUCCAGAGGCUCACUGUGGAAAUGGACUGCAACAUGUUCCAGAACCUAACCAACUACCGAAGUGUCACUGUGGUAGCUCCUGAAUUUUCAGCUUAAACUUCCAGCUCUGUCAGCACUCUUCCCAACUAACCCUUGAAACUACAACCUAAAACCAAAUGUGCUGAAAAGGGUAGCCUGGGAUGAUAUUUAGGAUUAAAUGAUAGGAAUAUUAUUAUACAACACAGUGAAGUACCAUGAGAGACUCUAGAGUCAUCUUCUCUAAAUAAAGUCAUGUGUCUGUUUUUGUUCUA